UCACGAUUCUCUGUGGGCAUUACUACUCCGUGUUGUUCGCCGAGCAAAGCAAGUGCUCCCAUUUGUAGUGUUUUAAUUCUCGGCCGGGUUUUUGUGAUAAAAAGGUGCGCGCGCAAUGCAGCAAGCCCCAGUGUCGUGUAUACCAACAAACAACAAGAUGUCAAAGGCGAAAAAGGUGCUGGACGAAGCCAAAGAAAUCGGCAACCCGGAGCUCGACCUGAUGGACAAGGGCAUUUCUUCGUUCGACGAAAUGCCCGGCCUGUUCAACAUGCAGAACAUCACCCGCCUGACGCUGAGCCACAAUAAAAUCCUUACAAUUCCACCUGGUUUGGCUAACCUGAUCAACUUGGAGAUUUUGAAUUUCGCCAACAACCAAAUCGAAGAGCUGCCCACCUCACUGUCAUCCAUGCCAAAACUCCGAAUCCUCAAUUUAAGCAUAAAUCGGCUGAACUCUCUGCCUCGAGGAUUUGGCGCCUUCCCGGCCCUGGAGGUUUUGGACUUGACCUACAACAAUCUCAACGAAAGCAGCCUGCCCGGCAACUUCUUCAUGAUUGAAACCCUCCGAGCCCUCUAUCUGGCAGACAACGACUUUGAGUUCCUGCCUCCUGAAGUUGGAAAUCUGAAGAACUUGCAAAUCCUCGUUCUGCGUGAAAAUGAUCUGAUUGACAUCCCGAAAGAGAUUGGCGAGCUCCAGCGUCUCAGGGAACUGCACCUUCAGGGCAACCGUUUGACGAUGCUCCCACCUGAGCUUGCCAACCUCGAUAUGGUGAGCAGCAAGUCGGUUUUGAAGCUGGAUAGCAACCCCUGGGUCACUCCCAUUGCUGACCAGCUGCAGGUCGGAGUGUCACACGUCCUCGAGUACAUUCGCACCGAAACUUAUAGAUAUCUCUACAACCGCCACAUCUCUAGCCGUGGAGCUCCCCCUCCAAAGACUAUUGACAAGAGCAAGAAGGCCUCUCGUCUGCCCCGAAGACAAAGCUAGUCGCACCGAAUCAGCAUAAAAAAAAUAUAUGUAUUCAGUGCCUAAUGGAAAAUUGAAACUAAAAUUUCUAAUCAAUUCCUAAAGUAAUUUUCUGCCUUGACGCACUCUGCGGUGCCUUUUUAAAACUUACAAAUACUGAUGCCAUAAAACUGCCUUUAUUUUUUGUCAGUAUUAAGGAGAAUUUUUAUUAAAUUUGUUAGUCUAAUAAAACUUAAUAGAGAAUCUUGUUUGUACUGCUUACUAAUGUUUAAUAUUAUUGAAUUUUGUUACUUUUAAUUUUGGAUUAAAAAUAAAUUUUAGACAAAUGUACUAAAAAUGAA